UUCUGAACGCACGCGGAAGAUUGAACAGAAAUCACGUGACUCAGGCGUCAAGAAAUCAGCUGAGGGCUCGGAGUUUCACUCAGGAAAUACAGGUUUGGUGAUUCUUUGAUCUCCAUCAUGUCUGGGUCAAGCGGAGCUGAUGCAAAUUUGCUGGCACAGUCUAUAAGUUCAAAUAUUCAGAGAAUAACACUGCUGACUAAUGAAAUCCAGCAGAUGAUGAGACAUUUUGGAACAGCACAAGACACGACUGUCCUGCGACAAACAUUACAGGAGAAACAGCAGAGUGUCAAUCAUCUCGCUAAAGUGACAGAUAAAUACAUGAAAGAUUUCAGCUCUUUACCUGUGACCACAGAACAGCGGCAAAGAAAAAUCCAACGAGAACGUCUGAUAAAUGAAUUCUCCAAUGCACUGGGCGUUUUCCAGAAAAUUCAGCGAGAGGUAGCAAAGAAAGAGAAGGAGUUUGUGGCACGUGUCCGUGCGAGCUCAAGAAUUUCUACUGGUGAUCCAGAUGAUAGCACUGGAGGAUUUUUGUCACCCUUUCAAAGUGAUACUCAGGCUCAAACUCAGAGAUAUGAGGAGAACAUCACAGAAGAAGAUCUGCAGCUCAUUCAGGAGAGAGAAUCAGCAAUCAGACAGCUGGAGUCGGACAUCACAGGCAUUAAUGAAAUCUUCAGAGAUCUGGGCAUGAUGGUACAUGAACAGGGAGACAUGAUUGACAGUAUAGAGGCCAAUGUAUCAAACGCAGAGGUCUAUGUGGAGUCAGCCACACAACAGCUGAAUAGUGCAGCAGGUUACCAGACAUCAUUCCGCAAGAAGAUUUUCAUCUUCAUCAUUGUUCUGGUUGUGGUGGCUGUUGUUAUUGGUUUGAUUGUCUACGCUUCUGUGAAAAAAUGAGUGUUUGUCAACUCUAUCUGAAGGCCCAAUGUUUGCACUGGCAUGUUUUUAAUGAGUUACGAAGUUUUGUCACCAAGUGAAGCUGCCUUGACUUAAGAUAUUGUCAUUAAUGGAAUCUUUAAUAACAGUUCAACUCUAUAAACAGCACCUUUGGUGUGCAAUCCAUUACAACAGGAAAUUAUUUCAACUCAUGUUUUUAAAGCACUGUGUUACAACAUUCCACAGAGACUGUAUAUAGAGUUUAACCUAGAAAAUGAUUUUAAUAUUGCUACUGUUAACCAAUUAUCAUUCCACUCUGCGCAUCUUCCACCCAUCUGAUUUGUUGUAGAAGCAAGCAUUCCUUAUAGUAAAAUGCCCUAAAUAUGAGAUUUCAAUGGUUGAAAAUGUCAUUCAGUAUAAAGCUGCUGCUUUAAAGAAGUACAGUAUAAGAGCACUAUACUUUUAAACUGCUCUCAAACACUUUAUUUGAAGAAAGACUCUGAGAAUACACUGCAGGUCAAAACAUUAGACACUAGAAUCCAUUUCUCAUCAUCCAUAGUGAGCAAAUCUGGAAUGUAGACAAAAAAGGAGUGUAAGAAAGUUUUCUUUAGUUGAACAUUAUGAACACUACAUAAUUCCCAUAUUUCCAUUUGUUGUUUCAUAGUUAUAAUGACCUUACUAUUAAUCUAAAAUGUAUAAAAUAGUAAUAAAGAUUGAGUAGAUGUGCCUAAACUUUUGACUGGUAAGGUCAGAUUCACUCAGGUCCAAAAACUAUAUACGUAAUAUAAAUAUAUAUAUAUAUAUAAGGCUAUCGAUUUAAUGUGUUAAUUUAAUUAAUUAUGGGAAUAAAAUUUGUCCAGAAUAGCAUGAGUGCAAAUGUGAUAUGGAUUUUAUACAACAGUUCAAUAAAUAAAGUUAAUAUUGUUUUAUAUUUUGGACAAAAUAUUGUCUGUUUUCUAUGGAAGCUUGUUUCUGCCACGGAAUAAAAUUAUUAAAAAGAUAAUUGCGACUUUUUGUCUCACAAUUCUGACUUUUUUUCUCACAAUUGUGAGUUAUAAAGUCAUAAUUGUGGAAUAUAAAGUCCAAUUCGGAGGGAAAAAAUUUUGACAUUGACAAUUGCGAGUUUAUAUCAUGCAAUUCUGAAAAAAAGUCAGAAUUGAAAGAUGCAAACUUAAAAUUGUAAGAAAAAAAGUCGCAAUUACCUUCUUUAUUUUUAUUCAGUGCUGGAAACAAGCUUCCACAGUUUUGUUAUUGUCUCAAUUUUGCCAACAAAAAUAUUACCUGUAAAGUGUUUCAUUUCUGAAUGAAUCCACGUUUUGAGCAAAUUAGUCAGGUGAACCAAUUAUUCAAAGCACCAUUCAUAAAGAGAACCAUUUACUUCAUUCCUGAAUGAAUCAGCCAUUUGAAUUAAUCGAAUUUAUGAAUGACUCAAUGACUUACUCAUUUAGAAGUUUACUGCCAACUACUGGCAGUUUUAGUUUCAAUUUCAUAUUUUGGGGAUAGUUUGCACAAAAUUUGAAAAUUCUUUUUAUUUACAUUUCCUCAUGUCGUUUCAAACCUGUAUGACUUUCUUUCUUUUGCGGAACAUAAGAGAAGAUCUUUUGAAGAAUGUUGGUAACCAAACUGUUUUGGUCUGUAAAUAUAUCUAAAUACCAAUUCAGAUGCAGCUUCUGAAAAAAAAAAAUAAAUAAAUAAAUAAAAAAUUUAAAAACAAUCAUGGUCGUUGUAACCUAAACUUUUAUGUGUAAUAAAUUCAAUGUUGAAUCAAAUAAAAUAUUUCUUUCCAAAGCUA